AUGUCCGACAAAGACAUUCCUCCAAAUAAAUUCAGCGAACUACGAAGUAUCUAUAAAUGCUAUAUUGAUUCAUAUAUUGCGUUGUAUCGGCUGAAAACAGAAAAAGAAGAAGAAUUAAACUCAAUAUACAAAAUGAUCAAAACAGAAUUGAUUGAUUCAAAUAAAUAUCCUCUACAAAUAAUUAUGCGAGAUAUUUUAAAUAUCAUUCCGUAUAAUAAUCGCUAUACAAAGUCAUAUUUAUUUCUUGCCAAACUCAUAUCUGAUGAAUAUCAUGUCCAAGAGGUCAUAAAUAUUAAACUUAUUUACAACUUCUUGUUCUAUAAAGAAUAUGGAAUUAAAUUAGACAAAUCCGAUGAUUUCGAAGGAAUUAACUCAGAAAAUCUGGAUAUUCAUACAGAAAAUACAAUUUACAGAGCAAUUAUGUAUAAUGACUUAGAAAGAUUCAUCCAAUUCACAGAAAGAGAUGGAUUUGAUAAAGAUCAAACACUGAAAAGCGAUUUAUUUCCAUAUUCUUUCAGAGGGUAUUCAUUACUUGAAUUAUGUUGUUACCAUGGAGCAGUUGAUUGUUUCAAGUUAUUAAGAACCAAAUUUAAAUCAAAAAUAACUAAAGAAUGUCUAGAAUUAUCAUUUUUAGGUGGAAAUCAAGAGAUCAUGAGUGAAUGUUUGAAAUAUCAAAAACCAGAUGAUGAUUGCAUGAAAUAUGCAAUUAUUUCACACAACAUUGAUUUUGUUACAUUCUUGAUGAAUGAAUACAAUAUAGAGAUAGAUUUAUUUUAUUGUGGAUUGUAUAAUAAUCUUGAAUGA